AUGAAUAUUCUAAGGCCUCGAGUAGGUCUGAUGAUGCAAAGAAGUGCAUUAUCUUCAAAAUUCACUCAAAAUUUAAGAAAUUCAUCCAUAUUAAAGAAUCAAUUCAUUCAAAGAUCAAUAGGACAAAAUGUUCGUUUAUUUUCAAAUCAAUCACCUUUAUUAUUCAAGAGUACUAGAUAUCAAUUAAAUGGUAAAGAUGGUAAAGAAAAUAGAGAUGAUAAGAACAAGAACAAAAAAGAUGGGAAAGAUUAUCAAACCGUUGGUGAAUAUAUUAAAUCAAAAGAAUUUCAAAGAAGUUUAUAUUUAACUUUAGGUUUCACAUUAUUAUUUUAUAUUAUAACACCAGGUGAUAGAAGUGGUUCUAAUGUCUUAACAUUCCAAGAAUUCAAAUCUAAAUAUUUAGAAAAAGGUCUUGUGGAAAAAAUUUAUGUUAUUAAUAAAUCAUUAGUCGAAGCUGAUUUAAGACCUGAAUCUGGUGUCAAUUCAUUUGGUGGUAAACCAAAUGUUGCCUUUACAAUUGGUUCAGUUGAUGUUUUCGAAGAACAAUUGGAUGAAAUUCAAGAUCGUUUAAAAAUUACACCAAAUGAAAGAAUUCCUGUUGCUUAUAUUGAAAAAGCUUCAAUUUUCAAUUAUAUCUUACCAUUCUUACCAACUUUCCUAUUAUUAGGUGGUUUAUACUAUUUAACUAAAAGAGCAAGUCCAGGUGGUUCUGGAGGUGCCGGUGGUGGUAUGGGUGGUAUUUUUAACGUUGGUAAAAGUAAAGCAAAAUUAUUUAAUCAAGAAACUGAUAUAAAGACAAAAUUUAAAGAUGUUGCAGGUUGUGAUGAAGCCAAAGAGGAAAUUAUGGAAUUUGUUGAAUUUUUGAAAAAUCCACAAAAAUAUGAAAAAUUAGGUGCAAAAAUUCCAAGAGGUGCAAUUUUAUCAGGUCCUCCAGGUACAGGUAAAACACUUUUAGCAAAAGCUACAGCAGGUGAAGCUGGUGUUCCAUUUUUAUCAGUUUCAGGUUCAGAAUUUGUUGAAAUGUUUGUUGGUGUUGGUGCUUCAAGAGUUCGUGAUUUAUUUAAAAAUGCACGUAAAAUGGCACCAGCAAUUAUUUUUGUUGAUGAAAUUGAUGCAAUUGGUAAAGAAAGAGGUAAAGGUGGUAGUAUGGGUGGUAAUGAUGAAAGAGAAGCUACUUUAAAUCAAUUAUUAGUUGAAAUGGAUGGGUUUGAAACUUCAGAUCAUGUUGUUGUCUUAGCUGGUACUAAUAGACCAGAUGUUUUAGAUCCAGCUUUAUUAAGACCUGGUAGAUUUGAUAGACAUGUUUCAAUUGAUAGACCAGAUAUUGAAGGUAGAAAAUCAAUUUAUAGAGUUCAUUUGAAAAAAUUAACUUUAAAAAUCAAUAAAGAUGGAUUUAUUGAAGAAGAAAAUGAUUUCUUAAGUGGUAGAUUAGCUGCUUUAACUCCAGGAUUUUCAGGUGCUGAUAUUGCUAAUGCAUGUAAUGAAGCUGCUUUAAUUGCAGCUAGAUAUGGUGAUCAAUUUGUUGAAUUGAAACAUUUUGAACAAGCUAUUGAGAGAGUUAUUGCAGGUUUAGAAAAAAAAUCAAGAGUUUUAUCAAAAGAAGAGAAAACAGUUGUUGCAUAUCAUGAAGCUGGUCAUGCAAUUUGUGGUUGGUAUUUAGAAUUUGCAGAUCCAUUAUUAAAAGUUUCAAUUAUUCCAAGAGGUCAAGGUGCUUUAGGUUAUGCCCAAUAUUUACCACCAGAUCAAUAUUUAUUAUCAACUGAUCAAUUUAAUGAUCGUAUGACUAUGGCAUUAGGUGGUCGUGUUUCCGAAGAAUUACAUUUUAAAUCUGUUACAUCAGGUGCACAUGAUGAUUUUAAAAAAGUUACAAAUAUUGCAGAAAGUAUGGUUAAAAAAUUAGGUAUGUCACCAAAAAUUGGAUAUUUAGCAUUUAAUCAAGAUGAAGAAGGUGGUUUCCAAGUUCAAAAACCAUUUAGUGAAAAAACUUCACAAAUUAUUGAUUUAGAAGUUAAAAGAAUUGUGGAAGAAUGUCAUAAAAGAUGUAAAGAUUUAUUAAUUGAAAAAUCUGUUGAAGUGGAAAAAGUUGCUAAUUUAUUAUUAGAAAAAGAAGUUUUAACAAGAGAUGAUAUGAUUAGAUUAUUAGGUCCAAGAGCAUAUAAAGAAAAUGCAGAUUUUGAAAAAUAUUUAGGUGGUGAAAAAAGUGCACCACCUCCACCACCAGAAGAAACUGGUCCAACACCAGCAUAA